AUGGACCCUCUGAAAGUGGAAAUACCCUUCCACGAGCAUCCUUUGACCCUUGUGAAAAUGGAGUCGGAGUGUAAAUGGUGCAGACUCACAUUUAAAGGUGUAAUUGAUGGCUACCAGUGCGAUGAAUGUAUUUAUGGUUUAUUCCACAAGUCAUGCGCCAAGAAUGCAAACAAUAUCGUCCACCCUUCACAAAAAUGUAGCAACACUCUUUAUCUUACAAUCCAUUUUAUGGGAGUAGAGAGAUGUGCUUUAUGUAGAGGGAAGAUCCAGGGUGGCAUGUUUUAUGUAUGUAACGACUGUGCUUUAGUUCCUAAAAGAAGAUUUCGUUCUUCAUCAUUCCAUUUCUAUUGUGCGAAGUACCCACCACCGAAGGUUAUUGAUGUUCCUCAGCACCAUCACCAUAAACUCGAGCUAGAGAUGACGCAGAGCUGCUUCACAUGUGCUGCUUGCAGAAAGGAUGGUGAUGGAUAUCCCUACAAGUGUUAUGAAUGUGAUUUGACAUUCCAUGUGGAUUGCGAAAGGCAUGGGGCAGAGAUAAGGCACGCUUCCCACUCCUUGCACCCUCUAAAACUCUUCAAAGGUGAACCACCCGCUUAUACUGAUGGAAAAUGUCGUUUGUGUGGAGAAAGGCUUGUCAAUUCUGAAGUCUUUUAUCAUUGUUCCAUUUGUAACUUUAGUCUGGAUCUGCAAUGUGUCCAUCAUCCACCGCCAUUACAUCUUCAAGACCUAAACACCCAUGACCAUAAACUCACCCUCAUGCCAAAAUCCAUCUCUUUCACUUGCACCAUUUGCGGGUUGAAUGGAGAUCGAAGCCCGUAUGUCUGUCUUCCAUGCGAUUUCACUGCCCACAAUGAUUGCUCAGGAUUCCCACUGGUUAUCAACAUCAAUCGUCAUGAUCAUCGCGUUUCUCGCACUUCUCUUCUUGGUGUCGUGAAUGCAGUAUGCGGAGUUUGUCAAAAGAAAAUGGAUUGGAGUUGUGGAGGUUAUUCCUGUACGAGGUGCCCUGGUUCUGUGUAUCAUACCAAAUGCUCUAUAAGAAAAGAUGUAUCUGACGGAAAAGAAAUGAAAGAUGAACCAGAAGAAGAUGAAGCUAUUGAACCAUUCAAGGUGAUUGAUGAAAAUACCAUACAACAUAAUCUCCAUAAAGAACAUAAUCUAAGACUCGACAAGUCUGGUAUCUUUAUUGAGGAGAGAAGUUGUGAGGCAUGCACUUAUCCUAUCUAUCACCUUUCUUUCUACUACUGUGAAAGCUGUAGUUUCAUUCUCCAUGAAAGCUGCGCUAAUCUGCCUAUGCGAAAACGUCAUGUGGUAAGCAAUGAACAGUAUACAUUUAAAGCUAGACAAACUAGGUUUUUUGACUGUGAUGCUUGUGGAAUACUACAUAAUGGUUUUGGUUACUAUGCUGGAAAGAGUGUAUUAGAUGUGCGAUGUGCUUCAGUUAUUGAGCCAUUUGUGCAUCAAAGUCAUCCUCAUCCCUUAUUUUACACAUCACCACGGGGGAUUUGCAGUGCUUGCAACCAAGAGGCACAUCAUGUGCUCAGAUGCGUGGAAGAUGAUUGUGGAUACGUACUAGACUUCAAAUGCGCUCUUUUACCAUAUGAGGUCAAGCAUAGGGUCGAUGAGCACUUUCUCUCUUUAAAGUACGGUGAAAACGCAAGUGGUAAAUAUUGGUGUGAUAUUUGCGAGAAAGAAACAGAUCCAAAAACAUGGUUUUACACCUCUAAGGAUUGUGAGCUUACCCUGCAUACGGAUUGUGUGCUUGGCGGUUCUCCAGGUCUCCUGCCAGGAUACACAGAGUGGGGCUCUUACCAUGAUGGGAUUAGUACAUAUUAUAAGGUUGUUCGUAACAAUAGUAUGUCUCGACCACUUUGCAAUCAAUGCAAGUCUCGUUGCAUAUCUCCUGUCAUCUUGGAAGUAUCGAGCAAAAGUUGCAACCCUGAAGAAUAUUAUUGUGAUGUUAGUUGUUUCGACCUGAAAUAUCCUGAUUGA